AUGAGGAUCACCAAUACUUUGAUACAGGCUGUAGGCCUUUUAUUGUCGCUAGGCAUUACCACUGAGGCGAGAUCUGUCAGCCCAGUUGCGAAGGGCUACUCGCGGACUGAAAAAUGCAAGCCACACCCACCGUUCAAACCUCUUCCUCCAAGUCAAUUGCGGACCAAGACGUGUCAUGUAGCCACGUAUGGAGAUGGACGUGAUGACUCCAAGCAUAUUCUUUCCGCGAUCAAAAAAUGCAACAAUGGCGGAAAGGUUGUGUUUGAUGCCGACAAAGUUUACACAAUCGGCACAGCAUUGGAUCUAACCUUCCUCAAGCAUGUAGAUCUUGAUAUCCAGGGAUAUGUCCAAUUCACCAAUGACACGGACUACUGGCAGGCAAACGCUUUCAAGCAGGUCUACCAGAAUGCUACAACCUUUUUCGAAUUGGGAGGUGAAGACGUCAAUGUCUACGGUGGAGGUACGCUUGACGGAAAUGGUCAGGUUUGGUAUGACUUAUACCACGAGGAUGCUUUGAUUCUGCGUCCCAUCUUGGUCGGAGUUAUUGGACUCAAUGGUGGCACGAUUGGUCCUCUGAACCUCCGCUAUUCCCCUCAGUGGUAUCAUUUUGUUGCAAACUCUACGAACGUUGUAUUUGACGGGAUCGACAUCUCAGGAUAUAGCAAGGACAGCAUUACUGCUAAGAACACUGAUGGAUGGGACAUCUACCGUUCAUCUAACAUUGUUAUUCAGAACUCUGUUAUCAACAAUGGCGAUGACUGCGUCUCUUUCAAGCCCAACACCACGGAUAUUAUUGUCCAGAACCUUCACUGCAAUGGCUCGCACGGUAUCUCAGUUGGCUCUCUGGGACAGUAUGAGGGAGAGGUCGAUAUUGUUGAAAAUGUGCUCGUGUAUAACAUCUCGAUGUUCAAUGCAUCAGACGGUGCACGCAUCAAGGUCUGGCCUGGCGUUUCAUCGGCGCUCUCCACUGACCUGCAGGGCGGCGGUGGCUCUGGCAUUGUCAAGAACAUCACUUAUGACACGAUGUAUAUUGACAACGUCGACUAUGCUAUUGAAGUCACCCAGUGCUACGGUCAGAGCAACUUGACUCUCUGCAAUGAGUACCCCAGUAGUCUCACAAUCUCCGACGUCUAUUUCAACAACAUUCAUGGUACAACCUCAGGCAAAUAUGACCCCGACGUUGGCACCAUCGUUUGCUCAAGCCCUACCGUGUGCUCAAAUAUCCACGCAACGAACAUCGAUGUCACUAACCCAGAUGGACUUUACGCCGAUGAGUUUGUUUGCACAAAUGUCAAUACCACCCUACUAGAUGUUAACUGCAUUUCUAGUUAA